AUGUCGAGCGGUGAACCGCCCCCGGGUGUGCUUUACUUUGAGCGGCACUUUAACGAUGCGUUCAUGGACGCGAUCGACGCGCUCAGGACGGAGAUUCCGGUGAGCUUAGCGUCCGGAAACAUGCGCGCGAAUAGGCGGUUUCUGAGAGAUGCAACCCUGGCGAAGAACAUUUGUGAGCGGUUACCAUCGGAAGCGAACGUGUUGAGCGUGUGUUCGGACAUUCGAUUCAUCGAGUACGAUGAGCCGGGGGGGUACAUACAGCCGCACGUCGAUGGGACGCGAGUGUGCGAGCACACGGGGUUACAGACCACGCACUCGAUGUUGGUGUGGUUGAGCGACGUGCCGGAGGACGAGGGGGGCGAGACGGAUUUUUUACGAGACGUCACGGACGAAGACUCGGUCUUGUACUCGAUACGGCCGAAGAAGGGGUCGGUUGUGAUUUUCAGGCACGACAGUCCGCACGUCGGGCGGUGCGUGGGUGUGUAUCCCAAGCUGUUGUUGAGAGGCGACGUGACGUGCGCGGAGGAAUAG